AUGCAGGUUGAGAGCAUAUCUAAUCAGCAGUGCCCUGUCUGCAAGGCCCUUCUCUCUCAGGAUACCCUCAUCCCACUCUAUGGUCGUGGCAGGCACAGCACCAAGGGAGAUUCUGCUGUCCCACGUCGACCGACCCUUCACCAUCACCGUGAUGGUGCAACAAUUACUUCGGCACUCGAGAACGAUUCCCCUAGGAUGAAUGAAGCCCAGCAGCCUCAGUUUCACCAUCAACACCACUACCCCUCUUAUGCUGGUCUUGGCAACAGUUACACAUCAGAGUCUUCUUCUUCACCACAGACGUCACCUUGGUUUUGUUCAACAACUGGGAGUGUGCUUGGUGGUUUAGCUAUCUCCAUUCUUCCUUGGGUUUUCAGGAAUCAUGGAGCAAGCAUAUACUACUCAAAUUCGCAUCGUCUCACAUUGGGUGUGAGCAGUCCAAGGCUGAGAAGGCAGCAGAUGCAGGUGGAGAGUUCUCUGCAUCAGAUAUGGCUCUUCCUUUUCUUCUGUGCUAUAUCGUGUCUUCUGUUGUUCUAA